GGACCCGGCGGUACCGACACCGACACCGACACCGAGCAGCGGCGGCUCCGGCUCCGCACAGCCCCGGAGGCUCCCGGCGGUACCGACACCGACACCGAGCAGCGGCGGCUCCGGCUCCGCACAGCCCCGGAGGGACCCGGCGGUACCGACACCGGCACCGAGCAGCGGCGGCUCCGGCUCCGCACAGCCCCGGAGGGACCCGGCGGUACCGACACCGAGCAGCGGCGGCUCCGGCUCCGCACAGCCCCGGAGGCUCCUGGCGGUACCGACACCGAGCAGCGGCGGCUCCGGCUCCGCACAGCCCCGGAGGGACCCGGCGGUACCGACACCGACACCGAGCAGCGGCGGCUCCGGCUCCGCACAGCCCCGGAGGCUCCGGACGGUACCGGCACCGACACCGAGCAGCGGCGGCUCCGGCUCCACACAGCCCCGGAGGCUCCGGACGGUACCGACACCGAGCAGCGGCGGCUCCGGCUCCGCGCAGCCCCGGAGGCUCCGGACGGUACCGGCACCGAGCAGCGGCGGCUUCAGCUCCGCACAGCCCCGGAGGCUCCGGACGGUACCGACACCGACACCGAGCAGCGGCGGCUCCGGCUCCGCGCAGCCCCGGAGGGACCCGACGGUACCGACACCGAGCAGCGGCGGCUCCGGCUCCGCACAGCCCCGGAGGCUCCCGGCGGUACCGACACCGAGCAGCGGCGGCUCCGGCUCCGCACAGCCCCGGAGGGACCCGGCGGUACCGACACCGAGCAGCGGCGGCUCCGGCUCCGCACAGCCCCGGAGGCUCCGGACGGUACCGACACCGAGCAGCGGCGGCUCCGGCUCCGCGCAGCCCCGGAGGCUCCCGGCGGCCCCGGCGGUGCCCGCACGGAGCAGCGGCGGCUCCGGUUCCGGCAGUUCCAGUACCGGGAGGCGGCGGGCCCGCGGGCCGCGUGGCGGCGGCUGCGGGAGCUGUCGCGGCGCUGGCUGCGGCCCCAGGAGCGCAGCACGGAGCAGAUCCUGGAGCUGCUGGAGCUCGAGCAGUUCCUGAGCAUCCUGCCCGAGCGCAUCCAGAGCUGGGUGUGGGCGCGGCACCCGCGCUCCUGCGCGCAGGCCGUGGCGCUGGCGGAGCGCUUCCAGAGGGCGCAGGAGGAGCGCGAAGGGAUUUGGGAGCGGCAGGUGAGCGUGCGGGUGAAGCUGGAGGACCCCGGGGAUUUGGGGGACCCCGGGGACUUUGGGGUCCCCCCGAGCCCCCCGUCGGAGGAGGAGGAGGAGGAGGAGCCGCCAUGGGAUGAAGAUCCCAGCAGGACCCCGGAGCUGCCCCUUCCUCAGAACACCCAGAGACACCAAACCCAUCAAGAUCCCACCAUGGUGACCCCACCAGCAGCUCGGCCGUACCCCUGUGAUCCCACCACAACCCUGGAGCUGCCCCUUCCUCAGAACACCCAGAGACACCAAACCCACCGAGAUCCCACCAUGGUGACCCCACCACCAGCUCGGCCGUACCCCUGCGAUCCCACCAGGACCCCAGAGCUUCUCCUUCCCCAACCUCAGAACACCCAGAGACACCAAACCCAUCGAGAUCCCCCCAAAACGAGCACGGUGACCCCACCAGCAGCUCGGCCGUACCCCUGCGAUCCCACCACAACCCUGGAGCCGCCCCUUCCUCAGAACACCCAGAGACACCAAACCCAUCGAGAUCCCCCCAUGGUGACCCCACCAGCAGCUCGGCCGUACCCCUGCGGUCAGUGCGGCAAAUCCUUCGCGCGCCUGACCCACCUGCGCAGCCACGAGCGGACGCACACGGGGGCGCGGCCGUACGGCUGCGGCCACUGCGGGAAGCGCUUCGGCCACCUGAGCACGCUGACCACGCACCGGCGGCUGCACACGGGCGAGCGGCCGUACCCGUGCCCCACCUGCGGCAAGGCCUUCACCAACCCGUCGGACCUGCGCAAGCACCGGCGCUCGCACACGGGCGAGCGGCCGUACCCGUGUCCCACCUGCGGCAAGAGCUUCAGCCAGCAGUCCAACCUGAGCCUGCACCGCCGCAGCCACACCCAGGAGAGGCCCCACCCCUGCCCCACCUGCGGCAAGAGCUUCAAGCACCUGGCGGACCUGCGGGUGCACGAGCGCUCGCACACGGGCGAGAGGCCCUUCCCCUGCGGCCGCUGCGGGAAGAGCUUCAGCAACAAGUCCUCGCUGGCGCGGCACGCGCGGAUCCACGCCCGGGCGGCCGCCAGGGACACGUGAGGGACAUGGGGUGGUGCUGGUUGGGGUUUGGGGGUUCAGGGUGGUGCUGGAGGUGGGAGUGGUGUGGUGGGGCCAGGAGUGUUGGUGAAACAUGGAUGAGGAUGGACGUGAGCUGGUGGUUGAUGUCUGCCAUCAACUGGUGGUUCCAUGAUGCCAUUCCCCGCUCCUGGAGAUCCAGGAUGGGUGGUGGGACAUCCCCCAUGACCUGGUGGCUCCAUGAUCUCAUUCUCUGCUCCUGGAGAUCCAGGAUGGGUGGUGGGACCAUGGCCAUUGACUCCCCCAUGACCUGGUGGCUCUGUGAUCUGAUUCCCUGCUUAAAGAUCUCCAACAUGGGUGAUGGGAUGUCCCCCAUGCCCUGGUGGCUCUAUGAUCUCGUUCUGUGCUCCCUGAGAUCCAGCAGGGGUGGUGGGACCAUGACCAUUGACACCUCCAUGCCCUGGUGGCUCCAUGAUCCCAUGCCAGCUCCCAGAUGUCCACCUCAGUUGGGUUGAUGUCCCCCAAGAGCUGGUGGCCCCAGGACUGUGCCGAGGUGGCUCAAACAUGGAUGAGGAUGGGCAUGAGCUGGUGUUUGGUGUCUCCCAUGAGCUGGUGGCUCCAUGAUGCCAUUCCCAGCUCCUGGUGAUCCAGGAUGGGUGGUGGGACAUCCCCCAUCACCUGGUUGGCUCCAUGAUCCCAUUCCCUGCUCCCAGAUGUCCAACAUGGGUGAUGGGACCAUGACUGAUGGGUCCCAUGAGCCUGGUGGCUCCAGAUCUUGGCUCCCUGGUGCUGGAGAUGGGAGCGGCGUGGUGGGGCCAGGAGUGUUGGGCAACCAUGGAUGAGGACGGACGUGAGCUGGUGUUUGAUGUCUCCCAUGACCUGGUGGGUCUGUGAUUCUGUUCUGUGCUCCCAGAGGUCCAAAAGUGGUGCCGGGAUGGACACCCCCAUGACCUGGUGGCUCCAUGAUUCCAUUCAGAGUUCCACCAUGGGUGGUGGGAUGUCCCUCAUCACCUGGUGGCUCCAUGAUCCCAUGCCAGCUCCCAGAUGUCCACCUCGGUUGGGUUGAUGUCCCCCAGGAGCUGAUGGCCUCAGGACAGCCCUGAGGUGGCUCAAACAUGGAUGAGGACGGACGUGAGCUGGUGUUUGGUGUCUCCCAUGACCUGGUGGCUCCAUGAUGCCAUUCCCUGCUCCUGGAGAUCCAGGAUGGGUUGUGGGACCAUGGCCAUUGACUCCCCCAUGACCUGGUGGCUCUGUGAUCUGAUUCCCUGCUUAAAGAUCUCCCACAUGGGUGAUGGGAUGUCCUCCAUGACUUGGUGGCUCUAUGAACCUGUUCCCUGCUCCCAGACGUCCCACAUGGGUGGUGGGACCACGACCAUUGACACCUCCAUGCCCUGGUGGCUCCAUGAUCCCAUGCCAGCUCCCAGAUGUCCACCAUGGGUGGGAUUGGUGCCCCCCAUGAGCUGAUGGUGCCAGGAUUGCCCUGAGGUGGCUCAAACACGGAUGAGGAUGGACGUGAGCUGGUGUUUGGUGUCUCCCAUGACCUGGUGGGUCUGUGAUUCUGUUCUGUGCUCCCAGAGGUCCAAAAGUGGUGCCAGGAUGGACACCCCCAUGACCUGGUGGCUCCAUGAUUCCAUUCAGAGUUCCACCAUGGGUGGUGGGAUGUCCCCCAUGACCUGGUGAUCUCAUGAUCCCAUUCCCUGCUCACAGAUGUCCCACAGGGGUGGUGGGACCGUCACUGAUGGGCCCCUGUGAGGGUGGUGGCUGCAGGUGGUGUGUUGCAGCGUGGUGCAAUUUCCUGGUUUAAACUUCCCAGUCCCUUCCCAGGUGUGGCAAUGCCCCUCUCCCUUCCCCCUCGCCCCUUGCUGAGUGAGUUCUGUCCAUCAGGCUCAACAUUCCAGCAAGGCCUCGUGUGCUUGGUCACGUUCCAAGGGUGUCCUUCAGGCCUGGGCUCAUUGGCCUGUCUGGGUGUCCCGUGUCCCCUGGGAGCCUCCCCCUCUCACCUGGUUGGUGCUCACCUGUCCCUUCCCCUCCCGCUGUCCCUGAGCCUAAAAAGUCACUCAGGCCACGUGCUCGGGAUUCUGUUGGAGCUGUUCCCUGAGAUUCAGAGCUCUGUGACCAUGGAAUAAACUCUGGAUUAAACCCUC